UUUGUCUCAUUUUCCUCCUUUUCUGGGCUCCAGGGUAGAGGGAGGGAAACAUUACCUUUGGCCCUGAAAGGCUGUGAGUAGUAGGGUGGGGUGCGGCUCCUGAACUCCACCCAAAGUCCUGUUGCCUGUGGCAGAGCAAGGUAUCAUUUCCUGACCGAGCCUAGAUCCCUCAGGUGGCCACAGAGAGGCUUUGGGAACAGGUGCGGCAGGAGCCUCGGGCGGUGCCUUGCUUCCGGUUCCGGUCCUGGCUCUGGGAGAAGGGGACGAUGCUGCGGGCUCCCAAUCGUUGGGCUGCUGCGCUCCUGCAGCUCGCGAUCACUGCAGUCCCUGCGCGCAUGAUGACUGCAGGGCCCACAGUCUCACUCCCUGAGCUCAGGUCGCUUCUGGCUUCCGGCCGGGCCCGGCUCUUCGAUGUGCGGUCUCGGGAGGAGGCGGCAGCGGGGACCAUCCCCGGGGCACUCAACAUCCCGGGGCUCGAAACUAUGCUGGGGCCUAUCAGGAAUGGAUGGAGAAGGCUGGGUAGGCGGCAGCUGGUUGCUGAUGGCCUCUCCCCUGGCCACCUGCAGAGGAGGCUUGCUGGCUGUGCCCUGGGCUGGGCAGCUGGGCAGCUCCUUGUAGUACCUUACACCUGAGUGUCAAAUAAAGAGCCUUAAUUAAAGCACUGGAAGUACUUAAUUUCAGGUGGAUUGAAAAUGGUUCUUCUUUUGUUGUAGACCUGCGCUCAGCCCUAGAGCAUUUCUUAUUGCAGGGUUCAUGUGCCCUACUCCACUGUCCAGAUGGGAGCAGU